AUGGCUGCUGCUACACGCCACCGUUGGAAAGGGCCCUUUCAGUCAUGGCAGCUCCCAUGCUUCUUACUGCCCUUCCCCUUCUCAGCUCGAUUGGGAACUCCGUCUCUGUACUACCUCUGCAACCCACUUCAGCAGGCCAAGAUCCUUGGCCACCUCUCCCACCUCUCCCACCACCUCCCGCAUUCCAUCUUCGGACGGCCGAGCGAGGAGCGAACCCCUCACCCGGAGAUCGGUUUUGCAUCACGAACCUGUCGAUUCCUUCCUCCACUGGUCAUUCCCAACCUUCAUGUCCACUACGGCCUACGAUGCUUUGAAGUUGAGAUUGCAACGAUGAACGAUUGCAAUGUUAGUGUUGAUUUGCUCACCAACCUAAAUUACAUUUCUUUCCUCAUGAAGAUGGAGAGCCGACAACAAGAAGCAAUGGUUUCCUUACCUGGAUACAUUCAGAUCUUAGGUUGGGGUGACAGGUACCAGCAACUAGGUCUCCAAAUGAAAAAGAGGGAAGGUUACAGGAAGAGAGAGGUGCCAGAUGAGAAGAGAAAUGUGCAAGUAUGCUCAUGGCUACUCAAGAUGAGAAUGGCUCACAGAAUGGAUGCUCACUUUGAAGAAGUGCAGGUCUGCCCUGUUCCUGCAUUCCUUAUGCAACUAUGCUUUCUGAGUCACAAGUUAGAAUUUCAGGCUAAGAAUGAACAGAAGUAUCUUGCGUUGAAGAACAGGCUUUGUGAAAUGAGACUAGAAUCUGAACUCCUGCUGAAACUCAAGCGAACUGUAACCUUUAAUGAAGAGCUGAAGGCAAAACAUGUAAUAGUUUUUGCGGUGAUGAUGCCAGUUAGUCAAGAUUGA